CUCUCCCUCCUCCCUCACAUUCACUCCCCAAAACCCUCUCUCUCUCUUUCUCCGAGUCUCCGACCCAAAACCUUGCGAAUUCAAACAGCGCCAGCCAUGGCGGACAAGGAGAACUGCCUGCGUGUCACGAGGUCGAUGAAGAGAAGGCCCGAGGUUGCAGUGACCCUGGAGCAGCCGGCCACCAAAAAACGCGUGGUGUUGGGAGAGCUCCCGAAUGCCGUCGUUCUGGCGAAUAAAAUGUCCGGGGCGGAGAAGCAGAUCCAGAAAGGCAGCGCCAAAGGCAAGGCGAAGAAAGUAGUGCCCCUGACCAAAACGAUACAGCAGCCGGAGGCGGCCAAGGACGUUGAUGCGGUGUCGGAUAACCACCAAAUGUGUGCGCUGUAUGCUCGUGACAUUUAUGAGUAUCUUCAGAAGCUCGAUGCGGAUGAAGAUCGAAGACCUUUACCCGAUUACAUGACAAAGAUUCAAAAGGAUGUCACUGCCAAUAUGAGAGGAGUCUUAGUGGACUGGUUGGUUGAUGUUGCAGAGGAAUAUAAACUCCUUUCUAACACUCUUUUCCUCACCGUUAUGUAUAUUGAUAGAUUCCUAUCUAUGAAUGUUCUCAACCGGAAGAGGCUUCAGUUACUUGGUGUUUCUUCGAUGCUCAUUGUCUCUCUGGGAUGUGAUUAUGCUACUUGAUGUUGAGGGUCAGUUCAUGUGAAAGUGCAGUGAAUAUGGAAGGAUAUGGAAAAUGCAGAAAGUGGUUUAUAUUUUUUUAAUUAUUAAUAUAUUUUUUGUCGGUUUUAAUCGACAUAAAUGCUCUUAUUUAUUUAUUAUUAAUAAAUUCUUUUUUGGAUUUAUUCGACAUAAUUUUUGUCGGUUUUAAUAUUUUCUGUAGAUUUUAACAGACAGAAAUGCUCGGAUUUAUUUAUUAU